CUAUAUGAAGUCCCCGAUGAAUUAUAUUAUGAUAUCAGAGAGCUUUCUGGAGGGGUACGGUUGUCAAAUUCAGUGAUACAAGUACCGGAUAUUCACUUCGUACAAUGCGUCUGCUGCUGUGUCUGUGCGUGUUGGCGUUAAGCUCCGCCCACCAGCUGCGAAUCCACAACAGAUGUCCGUUCGAAAUAUGGGUCGGUAUCCUAGGCAACACUUCGCCGGAUCAAGGCGGCUAUGCCCUUGGAGCGUGGCAGACUCGCUGGACUUGGGUUCCAAAUCACUGGUCGGGUCGCGUAUGGGGCCGCACGCAUUGUAAAGGAAACCGAUGUGAGACUGGCGACUGUGGGCGUGGGGUUCACUGUAAUGGCGCCGGUGGGGUUCCUCCCGUAACCCUCGCAGAGAUCACAUUCGAUGCUGGCAGUUCGAAAAAACAGGAUUUCUAUGACAUAAGUCUUGUUGAUGGGUACAACAUUCAGAUGUCAAUUAACCCCUUUCCGGGCACAUAUGAGGGUCAACCCCACGGAAACUAUUACUGUCGCAGAGCCGGCUGCAACGCAGAUUUGAACAGAUCUUGCCCGUCAGAGCUUCAGGUUCACGGCACUGGGGGCGUGGUAGCCUGCAAGAGCGCAUGUGAGGCCUUCAGACGAGAUGACUUUUGCUGCAAAGGGAGGCAUAACACCCCCCAAACUUGUCCUCCAUUCCACUACUCGCGGAUCUUCAAGAACGCGUGUCCUCAGGCGUACAGUUACGCGUAUGAUGACCAGACAAGCACUUUCACUUGCAACAAUAAGUGGCCCGGAUCGACCCACUAUGACAUCGCAUUCUGCGGAUAGUUGAUCACCUGUAGUACAUUCUGACUUAUUAAUGUAACCUUGUUAUGUUGCAACAACACAAUGGACAUGUGAAAAAUGAAUUAUUUAUCGAUUUUAAAUGUUCAUGUUAUUCUUAGUUUUGUUUUUAAACACAGAUCUACACUAAUUAUGAAAACAUUACUAUUGCAAAUAUUAAUAAAAGUAUUAAAAAAUAUAAGGUAUAGUUGAUGGUACAUUAACUGAUAUAUGAAUGUACAUGGCGACAAUAUAAUAUAAACCAAUUACCCCCGGUAAA